AUGGAGAUACCGUACAGGAAGAUCUUUAUUUAUGUUUUAACAUUUGUAGCCUACGCUUAUACUGGCGUAGGCUCAAAUAUGUUAAAAAAUUUAAAAGAUGCCGUUCUAUCAGCCGAAUCUGUAUUUGGAGAUAUGCUUGGGAAUGUAAUCAAAGUGGCUGAAAAGUUCAAGUCUCUGCAUGAAGUAUUUGAUGCAGCAGUUGAAGAAGAAUGUAUUUAUUCCUGUCCUGAUGGUGUAAAACCCACUCGAAAUAAAAAUCAUGUACCAAAAUCUGAUGGAUGUGGCUCAUUGGGAUUAAACAUAUCACCAGAAUAUCUGCCACUUGAUCUGAUGACUAAGUGUUGCAACACACAUGAUAUAUGUUAUGAUACUUGCAACAGUGGGAAAGAAGCUUGUGAUUUAGAUUUUAAAAGAUGUCUUUAUAAUUACUGUGAUACUUAUAAAUCCGUUAAUGUUGCCGGUGAAACAUUAUCUAAGGGUUGUAAAGCAGCAGCUAAGCUUCUCUUCACUGGUACACUCACACUUGGCUGCAAGUCUUACUUGGAUGCUCAGAAGAAUGCAUGUUAUUGCCCACCACCAAAGAAUAAAUACAAAAAGUAUGCUACUGGUGCUGGGGAGUUAUAGUAAUUUUUUGUUAUAGGUGUAUUGAAUACUUUUUGUGUGGAGUAAUUAUUUUAAAUUUUUAUUGAAUCUUUUCAUACAUAAGGCCUUUUGGUGAGUGAAGGGUAUGUCUACCCAUAAGGGAUAAAGAUGUGAUUGUAUGUAUCUUUCCAAUAUGCUUCCAAUUUGUUGAUUUGGUGAUCAUUGGGAUUGAUGCUUGUGUAUAAGUAACUUCUGAUUAUGGCUAGAUAUACCAAGCAGAAUAAUAACUAUAUGUAGUUUUACUAUACAUUGAGAUACCAACAUUUAUUUAUUUCCCAAUUCAUACAAUCACACAGAAUUCUGUUAUUUAAAUUUCUGGUUGUCUUAUUAGUAAGUCAAAUCUAAGUCUGAAAUUUACUGCUUAUAUAUCAUUGUAAUUUUGCUUUAAGAUCAUAGGGAGAAACUGUAAAGAAAUUGUUUGUAGCUAACUUUUUAUACUUUACAUAGCUACUGUUAAGUGUUAUUGUUGUAGAUGAGCUUCUUUUGUUGAGAAAAAUAUGUUACAUAUAAUUUUGAAAAAUUGUGUGUUGCAGCUUUUGUUAUUAUGUUUUUGUUAUAUAAAGUUUUGUAUGUUGGAAAAAAGAAAUAAACCAAUUUGGAGUA